GUCGACAAUAAAGACAACCAAAGAUAAUUUCUACUUAUUCAAAUAUGGAUAGUCAUCUACAAAUAGUAUCGACAAUAAAAUGGAAUAGAAAAAUAUGCUAUGAUUUGCUUGUGGAAUAACGCUUUCGUGGUUUCACUUCAAAAAGUUUAAUCUUUUCAAAUAAAACAUUGGAAUACUGAAAGAUGUAUAGAAAGGACGAGUUUGAUGGACUAACAUUAUGAAACAUGAAAAAUCAUCAGCAAACAUACCACAUCAUUCCACAAGUUAUAUUUUCAAAAAAGCUGCAUGAACAGGAUACUACGGUAUUUAGGUCCACAACACACCUAAGAUCUGAGGAAACUGAACAAUCCAUUCCUGAUCCGGUUUCGAAGACGCUGUCUUGCACAUGCUACUCUAAUACUUCUAGCAACCAUGGGAAAUGAGGCUGCAGCCAUUAUCAGAACCAUCUUCACUGCAAUCAAUCCACCGAAUACCAGCAUCUGGAGCGCGG